GGUAUCCUAGGUGUGAUGCACUAACCAACAAUGGAUGUGAAAAUUUUAAUUCUCAAAUAUUGGAGUUUAGGGAUAAACCAAUAAUCACUAUGUUGGAGGAGAUUAGAUUGCAUCUGAUGGCUUAUUAUAUUAAGAAGAAGGAGAAAAUUGCAAGGUAUCAAGGACCUAUAUGUCCUAGAAUCCAAAACAAGUUAGAGAUUGAAAAAAUUAAUAGUACAAAUUGGGUUCCAGUUUGGUGUGGGGAUAGCAAUGAAUCAAAGUUUGAAGUAUCAAAAUUGCCUGACAAGUAUGUAGUUGACAUAAAGCAGCGUACAUGCUCAUGUGGAUCAUGGGACCUUACUGGGAUUCCUUGUGCACAUUCUAUAGCUGCAUUGGGAUAUAUGGGUCAUACGAUUGAAGAUUAUGUGCAUCAUUGCUAUAGUAUGGAGUCCUUAACCCAAACUUAUGGGUCAUGUAUAUACCCUAUUAAUGGUCCCAAGUUGUGGCCACAGAGUAAUAGAGAAACCAUACUCCCUCCUAAAAAAGUAAGACAAGGGGGUAGGCCUAAAAAGAAGAGGAAGAAAGAACUUGGUGAGCUAAACAAUCCAUAUAAGAUAAAGAGGAGAAUUGGCCAUGUUAAAUGUAGCCAAUGUGGAACAGUAGGCCAUAACAAGAGGAGGUGCAAUCCUGCUACUCAAUCUAGCAAACAAUUACGAAUGAGAGAGCAAAAUGUAACAACACACUGUUUGGAAAACCAAGAACAUGGGACAUCUUCAAGCCAUAUAGAACCUACUAAUGGGGCAGCACCUCCAUCACAACCAAGCCAUGGAGCAUAUGCAAGCCAGCAUAGUCAAAAAAUACCUGUUAGGAAAAGAAAUGUCACAACACAAAGUCAGCCAACACCCCAAUGUGAAGGAGUCCAUCAAAGUCAACCAGUAUCUCAGGUUGGACCCAACGAAGUUACCAGAAGUUACAGUUUUGGAGUAUCAGUAGAGACAAUGGCUGCUGCAAGUGAGACAUCCAGAAGAAUUACAAAAUUUUAUAAGAAUGCACAAUUGCAAAAGUGAACAGUGAACGAUAUUUGUUGUGGUUAAAUGUGCAGAAGUGAAGGUGCUUGUGGAGAUAAAUUUGUAUUUUGAAGUGGAUGGAACUCUUAGAUAUUUUUUUGUUAUUAUUUGAAAUAGUUCAAGGAUUACUACUAUU